AUGGUUCAAUCGUGCAGCCGCGGCGAAACUACAAAAGGAAGAGGUGAAUAUUCUAGAAGUCGAGGUAGAGGUACCUUGCCCCUUGGCCAACCCAAAACUAUUCGGAAGAAGUCCACAACUGGCAGAGAGAUAGGUGCGGACCUCUCCGAGUCUAGUUCCUAUGUCCCGUCUAUGGCAGCUUCCGAGGGCAACUCAGCCUCUAUUCAGGAGGACCUAGCGGCCACACAGUCUAGGCCACAUGAGCGAUUUCAGCUCAUGGAUGAGGCCUCUUUAUCUCAUAGCACUCCCAAGAGGUCGGAAUGUGCUAGCCAGACCUCUGAGCCAGCAGCUGCCCCAAAUACAGAUGCACAGAUUGUACAGGAUAUCCCCGAUGAUGGUAGAGAGGGAGAUGGUAAAUCCACGGGUGUGGAGAGAUGCCAGUUUGAUGAGUCGGAAGUGGUAGUUACUGAGACAGCUGACAUUCCAUCUACCUCUAUUGAGCCCUUUUCUAAUGUUGUUGCUAUGCCUCCGCCACCAUCUUCAGAUCCAACCACAGCCCCUGCUCCAGCUCUGAGGCCAGAGCCCAUGCCCAUAGCUCCAUUAUCUGCUCUGCGAGUCUCCCGGAUUACUGUUGCAGCACAGUCAUCUACACAGGCACCUCAGGUCUCCUCUGAUCUUGAUGAGAAGUUGAAGAAGAUUCUGGACAACUAA